AACAACCCUCUGCCUAUAAAUAGACACGGCCGUGCCGGUCGAAAGCACAGUGGUAGCUGAGCUAAUUAUUGAUCACCCCCAUCGCACAUACACCUCUAAAAACAACUCCAGCUAGCUUAACCGGUUGCAGAUUAUUAGUACCAAAUGCAUAUGGCAGCCGACCAGAGCAGCGGCAAGACGACGACUACCUGCAGGAGGUUCCGGUGGCUGUACGUGGCCCGGUGGGCCGUGGCCACCGCGGUCACCAUCCUCGCCGUGGCAGUGAUCAUCCGGGCCGUGGUGGUGCUGCUCCGGCCCGAGAAGCUGCAGAUAAGUCUCGCCGAGGGCCGCGUCGCCGUCGACUACAUCCCGUCUCUCCCGCCGCCGGGGAACGCCGUCACGUUCCAGUUCCUGCUCCGGGCCAGCAACCCCAGCGGCCGCGCCUCCAUCGUCUACACCAACGUCACCAUCCGGCUGACCGACGUCAGCGUGCCACGUGCCAUCGCCGGGUUCGGCCUAUCGCCGACCGUCGUGGCCGUGUCGCAGCGGACGACGAGGGAGACGGCGGUGACGGUGGGGCUGACGCCCGGGGAUGACGUGCCGAUGACGUACGUCAGGGCGCUGUUCGAAGGGAGGAGCGUGGGUGGGGUCGAGAUGGAGGUGAGCGGCUUGCUCGCGAGCCACGUGGCCAUGGCCGCCAAGGGCGGCGUGACGACGACGGCGGUGACGACCACCAGCGGCGCCGCCUCGUACUACUGCUGGCCCGUCACCAUCGCCGUCGUCGACGCGGCCCAGCAGGCGACGUCGGACGACUACGGCGGCGACGGCGGCGGCGGCGGCGGCCACGACACGGCGUGCCUCGACAAGUCGGAGGCCCCAGCCAUUGCGUGAUUUAGUUUCUCACUUUAAUUAGUGAUCUGUGUUUGCAUGGAUUAAUAAUCAAUGAAGCUAGCUACCGACCCGUACUCGUCUUGUGCUAAUUCCCCUCCGUUGCUCAACAUAUGAAGCUAGCAACAUGGAUUGGAUCUAGUGAAACAUCAUACAGUACUAUUGGUAUUUGGAAUGGAAUCGCUACGGACAUUCAUGACGAUCAUAUA